AUGGAGAAGUAUGCAAUGGAAAGAGUGUCACUCAGGUCUAUUGUGGAGGAACCAUAUGCACCUGUAGUAAGUAAUACACUUUCAAUUAAUACAAUGGAGAAGUAUGCGAUGGAGCGAGUGUCACUCAGGUCUAUUGUGGAGGAACCAUAUGCACCUGUAGAUAGACUUCUGAGUGCACUUUGCAAGCAUAUAGACUGCUCAGCUCAGACAAUUAAUUCUUUCGCAGUUGAUCUCCAAGAAACAGCUAUUAACAAGAAUUCUGUACAAAAGUUUGACAAGAUCAUCACAUUUCUUGAGUUAGAACAAUGCACACUUAGCAAAUACGCCCCGAGUACGCCAGUCAAGGGCUCUAUAUUCAGCAAGCCGUACAAGGCUGCCAUGUCAACAGAGAAUGAGAUCUGCCUAUUCCCAUAUGACAUUGACAAUGAACUCUGCAAGAGAAUCACUAUGGGCCUGUCACACACUAGGAAACUAUAGCAAUGCAUUAUCUAGUAACAUAGCAACAUGGUUACCAAGCA